AAAAGGGAGUGAUGAUAAUGGAAACUUGAAGGAAGCCAGAGCUUUGAAUGCAGACUCAGUCUGCAUCCUGACAGUGAAGAUAAGGUGGCAACACAGCUCAUGGUGCUUUCCUGGAAUACAAUCCGCAUUUUGACACUCUCUGUUUAAGCACUGCCCAUCUGUAUGUUAUUCAGCUGGAGCCUCUAGGGAGAAAGAGGAGCUACAGGCACAGAAAGCGAGCAAGCGAAAGCAAAGGCACUCCUUUUAAUAAGAAUCUACUCAAAACUGCUUUCGAAGUGCCACAUCUGGAAGCUGGAAGUUAAAAUAACUGAGGCACCACCAAACCAAAGGGGGGGGUGCAUUAAAAGCAAAAGCAGAAAUAAAUACUCAGGAGCUGCAAGAUCACCGCUGGAUGUAGGGGAGGAGAUGGCUUUGAUCUUGGCUUGGCCCCUGGCUUUUCCUCUGUUCUUCUUCCUGGGAUACGUCUCCUUAAGCUCUGCUUCAGCUGAGGGCAACAUUUUUCAUUUUGACACUGAAGGUAGCUCAGCAGUCGGUAGUCAAGAAGACACCCUUAUCAGGGGACAGCAACAAUCUAUAUCUUUUGGAACUUGGGCGGAUUUUGCUGAGAGAUGCCAAGAAGGGUUUUUCCGAACUUUUUCAGGAGAAUGCAGUCCUUGUGAUUGCAACAACAAUGCAUACAAGUGCCUUGAUGGAUCUGGAGUUUGUCUGGAUUGUCAGAGAAACACAACUGGAGACCACUGUGAACAAUGUCCAGAUGGUUAUCUGGGAGAUGUCACCAGAGGAGUGCCCAGCUUCUGCCAACCUUGCCCUUGUCCCUUUCCGCUGGUUGCUAAUUUUGCAGUUUCCUGUUACAGAAAAAAUGGAGUGGUGCGCUGUAUGUGCAAAGAAAAUUACGCAGGGCCAAACUGUGAAAGGUGUGCUCCAGGUUACUAUGGAAAUCCCUUGGUGAUUGGCAGUUCCUGUAAAAAAUGCGACUGCAGUGGCAAUUCAGAUCCUAAUCUGAUUUUUGAGGAUUGUGAUGAUGUCACGGGCCAGUGUCGCAACUGCUUACGCAACACUACAGGGUUCAAUUGUGAACUAUGUGCUCCUGGUUAUUACGGCGAUGCCAGAAAUGCUAAAAAUUGUAAAGCAUGCAAUUGCAGAGGAGGACCUUGUGACCGUCGAACAGGGCAAUGCCUAGCAGAACCUCCAGUGCUUCCCCCAGUCACAGCUUGCCCAGAAAUCAUCUGUGACAAAUGCAUUUCGGAUUUGACUGAUGAUAUUGACUUGGCAGUUCAGUCCAUUGAUGAAAGCAAAGCAACUGUGCAGAGCAUUUCCACUGGAGCUGCCGUUCACAGACACUUGAACAACCUCAACUCCACUACUUUUGUCCUCAAGGCAAAAUUGUCAGAAAAGGAUAACCACUCUGUACUGAGGAAGAGCCAGGUUGAUAAUGCUACAAAUGAAAUGACAGAGCUGCUCAAAGCAAUCCACAUACUUGAUGAAAAGGGCAAUCAAGAAUCAAGCAAAGGCCAAUUAAUACAGAAGGAAACCAUGAAGACCAUUGACCAGGCUAAUAUUCUUGUAGAGGCACUUGGAAAUAUGAUAGAUAAUAUCCAAGAAAUUAGCAGCAAGGUGGAAUACUAUGGCAUUGAACAUGACCUGAGGCCUGAGGAUAUAAUUCAGAAGCUCAAGGCAGCAGAAGAGAUGCUGAAGGACAUCCGAAGUCGCAAGCCAUUCGCCAUUCAGAUGCAACUUGCAUAUGAAGAGUCUGAUGCAGCACAAGAGUUGCUAAUACAAGCUGAAAAGUGGAGGCAGACACAUAAUGAAACCAGAUCUCUGAUUCCUGUUGUGUUGGACCAGCUUGGAGAGCACAACACAAAGCUUGCAGACUUGCAAGAGGCCCUGGACCAAGCUGUUGAUUACAUCAAGAAUACAGAAGCUAUAAAGAAAGAAAGCACUGCCAAGCUCCAAGAGCAGGAGAAACAACAAGAGAUAUUGGAGGCACAGAUUAACACUGUCAACAGUACUCUGUUGGUGGCUAGAGAUAUUUUAGAUAUACCGCAGCAAAUCAACUUUGAACUGACUGAGGCAAUAAAGAAUGCAUCCGGGUUCUAUGCAGAAAUAGAUGGAGCUAAAAUACAGCUACAGGACAAACUGGCCAACCUCUCAAGGUUUGAUGAUGAUUUGGUGCAAAGGGCCACGGAAUAUGCACAGGAGCUUCGUGUUCUUGCAGAUCAGCUAGACAGGACCUUGCAUGGGGUUGAUACAAACGGAUUAGUCCAAAAGGCAUUAAAUGCUUCCAAUGUCCAUGAAAACAUCAUUAAUUAUAUUCAUGAAGCCAAUCAAACGUCUGUCUUGGCGUUAAACACUACGGAGUGGGUCAGCGAUGCUGUUGUUGGAAUUGACACCCAGAUCACUUACCAUAAAGAAGAAAGCAAGAAAGUUCUCAAUCAAGCCAGCAAACAGGAACAGACAGCGCAUACUAAUUAUUUAGCUGUUGCAGACACAGGCCACCGUGUUAACGGAACUCUUGCCAGGAAGAAUAAUUUGAAAGCCCAUUUGCUGAAAGUCAUUUCAAAACUACAGAUGUCAGAACAAGAUAAUGCAAGACAACGUCUGGAUCAGUUGAAAGUCAUUACAAGUCAGGCUCUAAAUACUGCUGCAGCAAUAACCCACACGACUGGUCCAAUGGCUGAGAAUCUGGCCAAAUGGUCCCAAGAUCUAAAGAACGUUAAGCCUGCAAGAGCAGCUUAUGAACGCGCCACAGUCACAACAAGGGAUACAGUGAAGAGUCUCACAGAAGUCCUUCCACAGCUGCUAGAUAAGCUGCGGACAGUGGAACAGAAAUGGCCAGCAAACAAUGUCUCAGCCAGCAUUCAGAGGGUCAGAGAGCUCAUUGCACAGACGAGGAGUGUAGCAAGCAAGGUUCAAGUCUCAAUGUCAUUUGAAGGUCAGUCUGUUGUUGAAGUCAAUCCUCAAACAAACAUGGAAGACCUAAAGGCUUUCACAUCUUUGAGUUUGUACAUGAUGCUUCAUAAGGACAAUCCAGAGCUGGCAGCACCACAGGAUCAAUUUAUUCUGUAUCUAGGAAGCAAAAAUACAAAAAAUUAUCUGGGCCUUGCAAUUAAGAACAACAACUUAGUAUACAUUUAUAAUUUGGGUGGUGGUGACGUGGAGAUACCAUUAGAUUCCAAGCCAGUGAGCUCUUGGCCUGCUUACUUCAGCCUUGUGAAAAUAGAGAGGAUUGGUAAGCAUGGCAAAGUGUUUUUAACUGUACCAAGUCUCAGAAGUACAGCUGAGGAAAAGUUUAUUAAAAAAGAAGAGGUCCCUGGGGAUGAUGCUCUGUUGAAUCUGGAACCUAAAAAUGCAGUUUUCUAUGUUGGCGGAGUGCCUCCAGAUUUUAAGCUCCCUCCAAGCUUGGAUCUGCCUGGCUUCACUGGCUGCUUGGAGCUUGCGACGUUGAAUGAUGAUGUCAUCAGCUUGUACAAUUUCAAAAAUAUCUAUAACAUCCCCAAAUCAGUACCCUGUGCCAGGAAUAAGCUGGCCUUUACCCAGAGCCGGGCCGUAAACUAUUUCUUUGAUGGCUCUGGCUAUGCUUUGGUGAGGCAAAUUGAGAGAAGAGGGAAGUUUGGCCUUGUGACUCGCUUUGACGUAGAAGUUCGGACACCAACACAUAACGGACUUCUCCUCCUGAUGGUUAAUGGAAGUAUGUUCUUCAGCCUAGAGAUGCAGAAUGGAUACCUAUAUCUACAGUACGACUUUGGCUUCAGCAGUGGACCUGUGAUUCUAGAAGAUUCUUUGAAGAAAGCUCUGAUUAAUGAUGCAAAAUUCCAUGAGAUAUCUGUUAUAUACCACAAUUCCAAGAAAAUGAUCUUGUUGGUGGAUAGGAGACAUAUAAAAAGUGUGGAAAAUGAAAAGCAAAGCAUGCCAUUUACUGAUGUCUAUAUAGGAGGGGCUCCUACUGAGAUUUUAAAAUCUAGUAGUGUCAGCUCACACCUGGCCAUCAGUACAGGCUUCAGGGGCUGUAUGAAAGGCUUCCAGUUCCAAAAGAAGGACUUCAACUUGUUAGAGGAGCCAGGAACUUUGGGAAUUGGCUAUGGAUGUCCAGAAGAAUCACUUAUGUCCCGCAAAGCAUAUUUCAAUGGAGAAAGCUACAUUUCAUCUAGCCAGAAAAUCUCCCUCUUUCACGGAUUUGAAGGUGGUUUUAAUUUCCGAACUUUACAGCCUAAUGGACUACUAUUCUAUUGUACUGAAGGAUCAGAUGUGUUCUCCAUUUCCUUGGAGAAGGGAGCUGUUGUUUUAAAUGCAAAAGGAAUCAAGGUUCAGGCAGAAGAUAGAUCUUAUAAUGAUGGGAAAGCCCAUUUUGUCAUUACAUCUGUCUCACCAGAAAGGCUUGAGCUUUUGGUAGAUGAAAAAAAGCAGAGCACAGAUAAUUCAGCAUAUGAUGAAAGUGAGGAAAAGCCUGUGAGCACCAAGAAAUUCUACUUUGGUGGCUCUCCCAUCAGUGCUGAAUUUGCCAAUUUUACUGGCUGUAUAAGCAACGCUUAUUUCACACGGUUGGAUCGCGAUGUUGAGGUGGAAGACUUCCAGCGGUACCCUGAGAAAGUCCAAGCAUCCCUAUAUGGAUGCCCUGUUGAAUCACCUCCUGCUGCCCUUUUCCAUAAGAAAAGAAAAAAUUCCUCCAAAUCUAAAGGAAGCCACAAUAAAAGGGUUGGAAAAGACAACGUAGGACCAUCACAGUUUCCAUUAAACAUUAAAAAAAAAGAUAAAGAACAGAUUGUUCAAGGGGAUUCACACUGUCACUUCUCCAGCAGCCCCAAAGCAAGUGAACAUAUGUAUCUGUUUGGAGGAACAGCAAAUAGCCGGCAAGAAUUUGAUUACUUACCAAAGGAUUUCAGUGAAAGAUCUCAGUUUUCUGUUAGCCUGAAGACUCACUCAUCCCAUGGAAUGAUCUUCUAUGUCUCUGAUCAAGAGGAGGAACAUUUCAUGACCCUCUUUAUUGCCCACGGCCGUCUGGUUUUUAUGUUUGACAAUGGUUACAGAAAAUUAAGAAUUAGAAGCCAAGAGAAGUACAAUGACGACCAAUGGCACAAUGUAAUGUUUGUUCGGGAGAAAAAUACUGGCCGCUUGGUAAUUGAUGGUCUCCGGGUACUGGAAGACAGUGUUCCUUCUUUUGAUAAAGCAUGGCAAGUUACUAGACCCUUUUAUAUAGGGGGUGUGGCACCAGGAAAAGCUGCCAAAAAUAUCCAGAUCAACUCAGUCUACAGUUUUAGUGGUUGUCUCGGCAGUUUACAGCUAAAUGGAAGGCCAGUCACUUCUCCUUCACAAACAUUUAGUGUAACUCCUUGUUUUGAAGGCCCAUCAGAAGAAGGAACAUAUUUUUCAUCCGAAGGAGGAUACAUUAUCCUUGAUGAAUCCUUCAGUUUGGGUCUGAAAUUUGAAGUUGUUUUUGAAAUCCGUCCUCGAAGCAGUUCAGGAAUACUAAUGCAUGCCCACAGUGUAAAUGGGGAAUUCCUGAAUGUACACAUGAAACAAGGACAGGUUAUUGUGAAGCUGAACAACGGCAUUAAAGACUUUUCAACCUCAGUUACACCAAAACAGAAGCUCUGUGAUGGCAGAUGGCACAGAAUUGCAGUUAUUCGAGAUGCUAAUGUGGUGCAGUUGGAUGUAGAUUCAGAAGUGAAUCAUGUAGUAGGACCAUUAAAUCCAAGAGCAAUUGAUCACAGAGAGCCUGUGUUUGUUGGGGGAGUGCCAGAGUCUCUCCUGACAUUCAGCCUAACCACACGCAAUUCCUUUACUGGGUGCAUCCGUAACUUUAUGAUUGAUGAAAGACCAGUAAGUUUCAGUAAGGCAGCUUUGGUCAGUGGUGCUGUAAGCAUCAACAUAUGUCCUGCCACCUGAGAAGCUGAUGAACUACAACAGCCUGUAAGUGCUGAAGGAAAAACAACAACUGUGCUACCUUCAAUAUAUCACUCAGAAUACGUACAUGAUAAAGCAUUAUGCUUAUAAUCAUUAUAGGGAAUUUGCUACCAAAUGAAAAAAAUCUUUUUUGUAUCUUUUUCCAAUGUGCAAACUUCCUCAGGAAUAUAGAGGCCAUCUCUGAUACAGCAGUUGGGGAAUGAAGAUUAUGAGCCCAAUCUUAUGCAAAUGUAGGUGCAUGUAAGCCCACUGAAAUAAUGGGUUAAGCAUGCCUGCAUCUGCAUAGGAUUACAGCUGUUGUGUGAAUCAGCAAGGAGCCUGGGCAAAUACCAUACCCCUCUGUAUCAGAGGCUCCAGACAGAGAACUCUCUUUGUUUAUGACUGCUGAUGUCCACAGCGGAAACUGCAAAUGCCUUCCUCAUUAUGGUCCAGAAGCUGUACUUCAAAUGUGGGUUUCUGCUUCUCCCCCACGAAAAGUAAUUUCAUCAAGCCUUAGUAAGCCUUUCUGGGUGUAUUAACGUUAGGGAUGGAUGAGAAUUUCGAUUCAGUUCGCAUUUCAAGCCAAAUCUAUCAAAUUCACACUUUCUGAAACAAUAUGAGAACUGAAACACAGCCACCCUUCAAAAUUCACACUUACUCAAAUUUUGUGAUGCAGUUCGCUGACCAAACAAUGUUUACAAAAAUGCAUAUAUUGGGGGAUAUUGUGCAUUAAAAUGAAUAUAUGAGUGAAAUCAUGCAAAAAUGCAUUAAAAUGACUGGCAAAAAUGUGUACAUUAGUCAAAAUUGUCUACAAAAAUGUGUUCAUUAGGAGAAAUUUGCACUAAAAUGCUGGAGAAUAUUCAUGAGGAUUUGUAAAAAUUCCACAAAUUGGUACAGAAAUACAGAGAACUGAAUUUAAGAUUGGAAAAAUGAGAAACUGAAAGAACCAAAAUUGACAGAUUUCCAUCCCUAAUUAAGAUCACUGAAAUGUUAAUAAAUUACAAAUAAAUUAAAAUUUAACAGAACCAGAGGCUGCAUACACACCAUACAUUUAAAGUUCAUUAUUUCCCCAAGAAUCCCGGGAACUGUAGUUUACCCUCACAGAGCUGCAAUUCCCAGCACCCUUAUGAAAAUAGUUCCUAGGAUUAUUUGGGGCAAGUCAUGUGCUUUAAAUGUGUGGAGCGUACACAGACAAUAUUUUACUUUAUUCAAUAUGAUACAGAUUCCCUUAAACAAUCCUUGGUCACUAUUCACUGUGGGUCCAACAAACAGAUGGAGAAUCCUCAUCCAGUCCUUCCUCUUUGUCCAAAGCAAGUUACUCAUGGUACAUGAAUAAUUUGCAAUGCACACCUAGAGAGAAGGCUGCUCCUUCACAUGUCCAGUUGUGCUACUCAUGCAUGUAAUCAGAUGCACACAUUGGUGGGGAGAAGGGGAAAAUAGGUCUCAACAACUUUUCUGGAAUCUUUCAUGCACAAGUGCUCUACCUGUGCUGUGAAUGGAUUGUUUGUGUGGUUUGUACUGAAUACAUCUGCUGCCAUGUUUCUUACAAAAUAAACUAUGUCAUAG